AUGGUGACUUCUAAAGAUUCCAAGGACCCUGCUAUAUCGGAGGCGCCGGGAGAUCUUGAAUCGGAGCAUUCUCGCCAAGAUCCAAAAGAUUGGGUUCAUAAGCAAGAUAGAGGCGAGCUCACGGAACUCACUCCGGUGGAAGCCUUUAAAUGGAGUGUCGAGGGAGAUCAGUCACCAUUCCCCGAGGUUGCGGCUUGUGUCUCGAAUAAAGAUGAUCCAGCCAUUGCCUGCAACACCGUUCGAGCAUGGAUACUGAUGACUGUUUUUGUCAUGCUGUUCUCCGGCGUGAAUCAGUUCUUUGGACUGCGAUAUCCCUCCCUUACAAUCGGCUAUGUCGUUGCUCAGAUUCUCGUCUUCCCCAUCGGGCGAGCAUGGGAAAAGCUUCCCAGAUGGAGAGUCCCUCUUGGACCGUUGACAUUCGAUGUCAACCCUGGCAAAUUCACCAUCAAGGAGCACGCAUUCAUUGUCAUCUGCGUGAAUAUCAGCGCCACUACUGCCUAUGCACAGGGAGCCUUAGUAGCGAUCGUCAGCCCAGUAUACUGGGACCGUGAUCUGGGCGCUGGCUUCUCAUUCCUCUAUCUCCUAACAACCCAAAUGAUCGGAUUCGGCCUGACAGGUCUCGCCCGUCGAUGGAUCGUCUACCCUGCCGCCUUGGUCUGGCCUACUUCGCUCUCAUCGACUGUUCUCUUCCGAGCUCUGCACGAGCCUGAGAGCCGCUUGCCAGCUAAUGGGUGGACGAUCACGCGGUAUCGCUUCUUCGCCUACGUGACUGCAUUUGCAUUUGUCUUGUUUUGGUUCCCGGAUUAUAUUUGGACGAGUCUUAGCACUUUCGCUUUUGUUACGUGGAUUGCGCCUAAUAAUCAGAAGGUUAACACGAUAUUCGGGAUGAAUUCCGGACUUGGUUUGAUUCCUAUCAGUAUUGACUGGACUCAGAUCAACUAUGCGGGUUACCCACUCAUGACUCCUUUCUAUAUUACGUGCAACGCAUUCGCUGUGGUGGUGUUCUUCUACCUUUUCUUGUCGCCGAUUCUGUACUAUUCCAACGUGUGGUACAGCGCAUAUCUCCCCCUACUCUCUUCAGGCACCUUCGAUAACACCGGAAGUGCAUACAACAUCUCUCGUGUGGUGGACACAGCGACCAAAGACUUCAGCCUGGCCAAAUACAAAGAGUACUCCCCAAUGUACAUCUCCAUGUCCUACUCCCUCACAUACGGACUGUCAUUCGCUGCAGUGACCGCAAUCGUGGUCCACACCUACCUCUACAAUGGAUCAGAGAUUUGGGCCAGAUUCAAGAAUGCGCAGCACGGAGGAGAAGAUGUUCAUCGUCGACUUAUGCGCUCAUACAAGGAGGUUCCUGAUUGGUGGUACGGUGUCCUCACAGUGGUGGUUCUCGGACUCGGUAUUCUGACGACCAAGUAUUGGGAUACGGAACUGCCUGUCUGGGGCUUCAUCGUCGUCUGUUUUGGCUUGGCUGUGCUUUUGAUUGUCCCUGAGGGGAUUUUGCAAGGAACUACGAACCAGCGCGUGUUUCUCAACAUUAUUACGGAGAUGAUUGCUGGCUAUGCUUGGCCGGGGAAGCCUAUUGCUAACCUCAUGGUUAAGUGUUAUGGAUAUAAUGCCGUCAAGCACGGUAUGGAUUUCGCGCAGGAUCUGAAGCUGGGACAAUACAUGAAAAUCCCUCCCCGUGUUCUCUUCUUCGGUCAGAUCUACGCGAGUAUCUUAGCCACUGCAACUCAGACUGGAGUCCUACGAUGGAUGCUCGGCCAUAUCGAGGGUCUUUGCGAAACAACAAACAAGCAACGAUUCACCUGCAACGGCGCCAAGGUGAUGUACAACGCUUCCCUGAUCUGGGGCACCAUCGGUCCGCAGCGCAUGUUCCAGUCAGGCCAAGUAUACAAUGGUCUCGUCUACUUCUUCCUCAUCGGACCUGUUGUCACUGUCAUUGUCUACUUCAUAUACCGCCGUUACCCGAACAGCUGGGUUCGCUACAUCAACGUUCCAAUCUUCUUCAAUGCAGCGGGCAAUAUCCCUCCUGCCAACACCACCCAAUACUCUUUGUGGUUCAUCUUCGGUUUCUUCUUCAAUUAUCUGAUUCGCAGACGCGCAUUCGACUGGUGGAAGCGUUAUAACUAUCUUCUCCAAGCCGCUAUGGAUACAGGCACGGCGAUUGCUACUAUCAUUAUCUUCUUUGCGCUGGGAUACCAUGCUAUUAGUUUCAAUUGGUGGGGAAAUACGGUCGGGUCUAAUACUAUGGACUCGAAUUCGACCCCUUGGUUGACUGUUGCUAAAGGCGAGCACUUUGGCAAAGGGCCUGGUGAGUUCUAA